AUAUGAUGAGUAGAAAAUAAUGCUUAUGUGAAGCGUAGAUACAUAAACUUAUAAAUAAUUGUAUAAGUUGUGGUCGUAUUGUGUGUUCAGUUGAAGGUGAAGGACCAUGUUUAUUUUGUGGGAAUCAAAUUAUGAAGAAAGGAGAACUUCUUAUUGAUGAUUCAUAAUUUCCAGAUAUGGAAUCUAAAACAGCUUAUUCAAAAGCUUUGAUGCAUAAGGAUAAACUAUUAGAUUUUCAUAGACGAGAUGUACAUCAAUCAAACAUUAUUGAUGAUUAAGCAGAUUAUUAUUAAAUAGUAGAUGAUGUUUGGUAAAAUGAAGAUAUUAGAUCAUAAGCUGUAAUUAAAUUGAUUUAAUAAGCUGAUGCUGAAUAAACAAAUACUGUAAAAUAAGUAUUAGAUUUGUAAACAAGUAAAAAUAUAAUGUUAUAAUUAUAGUGUAAUUUAGAUUAGAGAAAGAGAGUAAUGCAAAAUAGGCUGAUGAAUUUAGAGAUGAAGCAAAAUAAUUAUUAAAAGAAGCUGAAUUAGCAGAUAAGAAAAAGAAUUAAAAUAAUUCUAAGACUUCACAUCUAUCAGACAAUUAAGAAUAUUAAAAAUUAUAUAAUGAAAUAAUAACAAAUUUAAAUAAUGAAACAAAAAAAGAAUCAAAAAAAUAGAAUAAUAAAAAUAAUCAAAAUACAUAAUAAUUUAAACCAACAAGUUGUCGUGUUUAAUUUACAGAUGAAUAUUUUUAAGAUUUUUAAAAAGAAUUAUUAAAAGUUGUAAAUUAAGAAUAAUAAUAAUAAGAAGAUAUAUUUGAUGAAUCAUUUUUUAAAGUAGAAGAUGGAAUUGGAUGUUUGUCUAUGCAUUAACCAUGGGCAUAAUUGGUUGUUGAAGGAUUUAAAAGGAUUGAAGGUAGAAUGUGGGGAACCAAUUAUAAAGGUCCUUUAUGGAUUCAUGCAGGUGCAAAAUAACCAGAAACAGAAUUAAUAUCAGCUAUUGAACAUUAAUAUUCUUAAUUAUAUAGUAAUUUGGAUAAUGUACCACCAUUUCCAGCACGUUAUCCUACAGGAGUAUUGAUUGGAGUAGUUGAUAUGGUUGGUUAUGUAAGAGCAGCAGAAUAUAAUAAAAUGGUACCAAAAGAGAAAUAGGAAGAAGGAGAUACAGAAUUCAAAUUUGUUUUUAGAAAUCCAAGAAAAUUAUUAAUACCUAUAUAAAUGAGAGGUUCAAAUAAUAUUUUUAAAUUGGAUGAUGAUAUAUUGAAAAUAGCAAUAAAAUAAUUAGAAAAAGUACCAGUAAAAUGGGGUCCAUAUUUGAUAGAUCCAAAAGAUGUAGCAAAAGAGGCAAUAGGAGAAAAGUAAGUAGAUGAUACAAUGUCUAAGAUUUAAGAGUAAUUUGUUAUAAAUAAUAUAAAUGAAAUAUAAGAGAAAUCUAUAAAUGAAUAAUAAUAAAAAGUUGAAAAUUCAAUAGUGAUAGAUUAAACAUAAUAACAAGAAAAAAGAUAUUAAUAAGUUUAAUCUAUUGAUAGUUAAUUUGAAAAAUAAUUAGAAUGGGGUAUACUAAUAAAAAAUGUGUUAAAAAGAGAUUAAUUAGUUAGAAUGGCAAAUUUCUUAUCAACUAAGAUUAAGAAGUAGAAUAAUUAAAAGGGAGCACUUAAAUUAUCAUUUAUGGCAAAGAAUUAAUUACCAUGUCAUGAUAUUAUUACGAAUACAAUUUCAAAUAUAACAGGUAAUGAAAAUCAAUAUGAUAAUUGCACAAUUCAUUUCUUAAAAUUAGCAGAUAAGAAAAUAUGUAUACAAAAUGCAACAGCUUUAAUUUUGAUUGGUUAAAGUAUGGAAUUUAUGAAUAAUAAUCAAUAAAUUUUAUUAUAAUAGGGGAAAGUAUUUUUAGUAGAAGAGGGAUACACAUUGAAUGGAUAAUUUAGUAGCGAUUAACAAGAGGAAAAUGUAUUAAAAGACAUUAGUUAAGAUUAUGUAUUUAAAACCUGGUUGAUAUAAUUAUAAUAAUGAU